AAACAGUUUAACAAAAAAAAAUGAGUGCCUUGCAACCGGACGUCCAUGCCACGUUGUUGCAGCUUCUCAGCGGGUUGGUCUCUGCCGACAACGCCACGCGGGCGGCUGCGGAAAAGUCGUUGGAGGCCGAAUGGAGUCAACGGGAAAACGUUGAGAUGUUGUUAAUUUUCCUUGCCGAACAGGCCACUGCUGGUGAAAACGAUACCAUUCGUUCAUUCCUGGCGGUUCUCUUCCGUAGAAUCGCCAUCCGAAUGCCAAGAGAUCCGCUGGUUCUGCUGGUGACCGAUCGGACCAUUGAUUUGGUUUCAAUUCCGGUCAAAACCGAGCUCCGGAAGUUGUUGUUGACCGGAUUUACCGCACCACAACAAAAUAUGGUGAGACAUAAAUUGGGGGAUGCUAUCGCCGAAGUGGCAAGAGAAAGUGGAGAACAAAAGAAAAAUAAUAAUAAUAGUGGGGGUGCGGAUGAUUGGCCUGAAUUGAUCCCCAUUCUAUUCUCCCUGGCAACCAAUCCCAAUGAUUCAUCAUUCAGGGAGUCGGCAUUUAGAGUAUUUUCCCUGACUCCUGAACUUAUAAGUAGUCAAUAUUUCGCCACUGCUCUCCCCGUGUUCAAUGCUGGGUUUGAAGAUGAUUGUGAUGAUGUUCGAAUUGCUGCUUGUUCUGCGUUUGUGGCAUUUUUCCAAGGGUUACCCAAACGUCAUUGGAAUGAUAUGGCGCCCCUUUUACCAAAUUUAUUGAAUUCUUUGCCGCGAUUUCUUCAAAAUGGACAGGAUUCAGCAUUAGCCGCGGUAUUGGAAAGUCUUAUUGAAUUGGUUGAUUUGGCCCCUAAGCUUUUUAAAGAUAUGUUCCCCACCAUCAUUGGAUUUUGUCUGCAAGUUGCCACCAAAAAGGAUGAAGUAGAUGGGGCUACACGGAUGGCUGCAUUGGAAUUAUUGACCACCUUUGCUGAAGUGUCCCCCGCCAUGUGUAAGAGAACGCCCAGUUAUACCGAAAGUAUGGUGACAAACACCUUGUCAAUGUUAACCGAGGUUUGUAUUGAUGAUGAUGAUGCCGCGGAAUGGAAUAAUAAAGACGAGGACGGGGUGCAGGAUGGCGACGAUGAGGAUGAUGAACCAGAAUAUGAAGCUGCUCGUCAAGCUUUGGAUAGAGUUGCCUUGAAAUUGGGCGGUCAAGCUUUAGCUUCUCCACUUUUCCAAUACCUCCCACAAAUGAUCAAUAGUACCGAUUUCAGACAAAGGCAAGCCGCGUUGAUGGCUCUUAGUGCCGCAGCCGAAGGUUGUAGUGACGUGUUGAUGAGUGAAAUCCCUCGUAUCUUGGAUAUGAUUCUCCCCACCUUACAAGAUCUGCAUCCACGGGUUCAAUAUGCCUGUUGUAAUGCCUUGGGUCAGAUGUCAACCGAUUUCGCCGACGUCAUGCAAAGAACUGUAGGUGAUAGAGUGCUUCCAGCCCUCAUUGGCAUGCUUACCAACAAGUUUGUUCCCCGGGUGCAAACCCAUGCGGCAGCAGCUUUGGUCAAUUUCUCAGAAAAUGCCUCCAAAGAGGUCCUUGAACCAUAUUUGGACCUGCUUUUAAACAAUCUCUUGGUCUUGUUGAACUCUCCUAAACGUUAUGUCCAAGAACAAGUCCUCACCACCAUUGCAAUCAUUGCCGACUCCGCAGAAAAGAAGUUUGCCACCUACUAUGACACCCUCAUGCCACUCUUGAUCUCGGUUCUUCGCUCGGAAGAUGCCUCCCAUAAGGUCCUAAAGGCUAAAUGUAUCGAAUGUAGUACUCUCAUUGCCCUUGCAGUCGGUAAGGAAAUGUUCUUGCCCCUCUCGCAAGAACUCAUCCAAUUGUUUGGCUACAUCCAACAAACCGCCACCGAGGACGAUGACCUCAUCAAGAGCUACUUGGAACAAGGUUGGGGUCGUAUUUGUCGUAUUUUGGAGCUGGAUUUCCUUCCAUAUCUCCCACUGGUGCUCCCACCAUUAUUAAUUUCAGCCAAGGCUACUCAAGACAUUUCUCUCUUGGACGAGGAAGAAGUUGAGGAAUUCGAUAACAAUCCGGAAUGGGAUGUCAUUAGUCUUUCAGGGAAGAUGAUUGCCGUUCAUACUGCUUCUCUCGACGACAAGCAACUGGCCAUGGACUUACUCCGGACCUACGCCAUCCAACUCAAGGGAGACUUCCAACCAUGGGUCCGUGAAAUCGUCGAAACCAUUGCCAUCCCAGCCCUAGACUUUUAUUUGCAUGAUGGGGUCAGAGGGUCUGCUGCACUCACCUUGGCGGCUUUACUCCGUUGUUCCGUCAUUGCCACGGGCGCUCAAAGCAACGAAACCGUCUCGCUUUGGACCCAAAUCUGUAACAAGUUGAUGGAGGUUCUUGCCGCCGAACCGGUCGCUGAAGUCUUGGUGGCCAACUACACCUCUCUUGUCGAAUGUGUUGCUGCCUUGGGCUCCACACCUGCGUUCACCACCCAAGAUCAACUCGAACAAAUGAGCGAAUGCAUCAACACCAACUUGACCGAGAUCUACUCGCGCAUCAAGUCCCGUGACAACGAGGACGACGAGUACACCGAGGACGUGGAUGAAGAAGAAGAUGAAUACACCGACGAGGAGCUUCUCGAUGAAAUCAACAAGGCUGUGUCGGCCAUCGCCAAGAACACCAAACAGGCAUUCCUUGUUGUGUUCAGCACCUUGGCCCCCACCGUGGCCACCUUCAUCCAGGACGAGAACACAAACGUCAAGCUCUGUGGGUUAUGCAUCAUCUGCGACGUCUUGGAACGUACCGCCGAGGAACUGGGCGCCUACCACGACAUGUUUGUGGCCGCCAUUGGCGAGUCUCUCAGCUCUUCGCAUGCUGGUGUCCGCCAGGCCGCCUUCUUUGCCGUGGGCAUUGCCGCACAACAUGGUGGCGAGACCUACAGAUCGUUCUGCUUGUCAUGCUUGGAGCCAAUGUUCAAGAUGACCCAAGUGCCAGACGCCCGUGCUGAGGAAAACAUCCUUGCCACCGAGAAUGCCGUCAGCGCCAUCGCCAAGGUGUGCCGCUCGUACGGAGCAGACAUCCCGGGGCUUGACGCCGUGCUCCAGCAAUGGGUCACAUUGUUGCCCGUGGUGCAAGACGAAGAGGCCGCUCCAUUUGCAUACUCCUUCUUGGCCGAAUUGGUCAAGAACAACCACCCGGCGGUCGUCUCGCAAUUGCCCAAGGUGGUGGACUCAGUGGUGCAAGCGCUCACCCAUGCGUCGAUCGCAGGCGCCACCGCGGAGCGUACCGUGGCUGCCGUCAAGCAAGCCCUCGGAACGAUCCCACAAGCGGACGCGGUUGCUCUCAUGGGUAAGUACCCAGCCGAUGUUCAAAUUGUCAUCCAGAAAUGGUUUGCUUAGAGAUGUGUAUAGAAUAAGAUAAUAGUAAGACAGU